UAAGUAAAAAUAGCAUCUUCUUAUUCAACAGAUCCAUUUUCUGUAUAUAUUUUCACAAUCAGAUCUGCCCUCUAGGGACAAAUAAAUUUGUACUGCUUUUUACUCCUUCUAGUGCUACAGAGCUCAGUUAACACAGCUGAGAGAGAAUUGACUGGAUGGAUUCUGUUAUUCCUUGUGCAUCAUCACUAGAAUUGCUUACUGAGUUCUAAUCAGUUAUGCCUGCACAACCCAGUUGCAUAGGUGUAACAGAGGGCCUAAUCUGACCCAGAGAACCUUUAUUAUUUGUUGAAUUAGCAGGGAGGGAACAUUUCUGUCAGCUGAACAUCUUUAAAGCUAGAAAUAAUGGAUAGCACAUAAAGAGCUCCACAAAAUGAAAUUUAGACAGUAGCUGUUCAAACUGUGCCAACAUUAGGCAAUUUUUUCCAAAUUUUAAAAUCAGUAGAAAUAUUUUUUUUUCGUUUGAACACUAAUAGGAUCUAAACAUUUCCUUGCAGUUUACUACCUGAAGAGUCAACAUUGUACUGGACAACUGAAACUGACUAGUCUAAUUUCCAUUCUACACGCUGAGAAAAAAACAAAAAGUAAACAAUGUAAAAGGUGAAAAUAAAAAUUACAUUUUUAAACGUCCUUUUAGUUUAGUAAGCUGGCUAGUAGCAACAAGUAACUGCUUCUCAACGUGUUUUAUCUUUUUGGUGACCCUUUAAAGGCAACACCAAGGGCGCCUCCAAAUCCAAAGGACGGUUCAGGGGGGCUUCAAAAAUGCGUGUGGUCACAGCGAGACGCGCUGGGUAAGGUCAUGCCUUUUAUUGGACCAACUUCUGUUGGUGAAAGAGCCAUGCAGUAGACAUAGUAUUUGCUCUGCCCAGAGGGAGGGUGAUGAGGCCGGGGAGCUGCCAGCGCCACCCCCCGGCUGCUCUCUGGGGGAUGGGUUUGGAGCCUGCCACGGGAGGGGGGUGUCAGCAGGUCCCGUGGGGGUGACCCCGCGCUAGGCUUGCGGCCAAUAGCGCCGCGUCUUCUUGCGGACUAAAAUGGUUGGAUUUGUCUUCUUCCGCUCGAAGCCUCACUUCAGCAGGUGGUAUCCCUCCGCGUCUCCCCCUCCCCCUCGUGCUCGGAUCAGAUGUUCGGCUGCCCCAUGCGAUGUCCGUUCAACUGUCAGGGUAACCGUCACAUAACAGGCGAGACGCCGUGGAAAGGCGGCGGCUCUGGGCCGGGACCCCGCAGGGAGAAGGAGAGGCGCUUGGGAAGUAGUUCCGGCGCGGAGCCGGAGAAGGGAAGCUACUGCCGCGCCGCCGGUUCACAAUGACUAAUGAAGAACCUCUCCCAAAGAAGGUUCGCCUUAGUGAAACAGACUUUAAGGUUUUGGGUAGAGAUGAACUGAUCCUAAGGUGGAAGCAAUAUGAAGCAUAUGUACAGGCUCUGGAGGGCAAAUACACAGAUCUUAAUUCUAAUGAUGUAACUGGAUUGAGGGAGUCUGAAGAGAAGCUGAAGCAACAACAGCAAGAGUCUGCCCGAAGAGAGAAUAUCCUGGUGAUGAGGCUGGCAACGAAGGAACAGGAAAUGCAAGAGUGUACUAAUCAGAUUCAGUACCUCAAGCAAGUCCAGCAGCCUAGUGUUGCCCAACUGAGAUCAACAAUGGUGGACCCAGCCAUCAACUUGUUUUUCCUAAAAAUGAAAGGUGAACUGGAACAGACUAAAGACAAACUGGAACAAGCCCAAAAUGAACUGAGUGCCUGGAAAUUUACGCCUGAUAGCCAAACAGGCAAAAAGUUAAUGGCGAAGUGUCGAAUGCUUAUCCAGGAGAAUCAAGAGCUUGGAAGGCAGCUGUCCCAAGGACGCAUUGCACAGCUUGAGGCAGAGCUGGCUUUACAGAAGAAAUAUAGUGAGGAACUAAAAAGCAGUCAGGAUGAAUUGAAUGACUUCAUCAUCCAGCUUGAUGAGGAGGUAGAGGGUAUGCAGAGUACCAUUCUAGUUCUCCAGCAGCAGUUGAAGGAGACUCGCCAGCAAUUGGCUCAGUUCCAGCAGCAGCAGUCCCAGGCCUCAGCCCCAGGUACCAGCAGGACUCCAUCUUCUGAGCCUACAGACCAGGGAGAGGCCAUGGGUAAAGACUGCAGCCGUCUGGCUAAUGGACCGAGCAACGGCAGCUCUUCCCAUCAGAGGACGUCUGGGUCUGGAUUUUAUAGGGAGGGUAGUGGCACAGAAGAUGACUUCCCAGCGUCUCCAGGGAAUGGUAAUAAGCUCUCCAACCACUCUGAAGAUAGAACUGUCAGAGGCGGUUGUAGCUACAUAAACCAACUAAGUACUGGGUAUGAAAGUGUAGACUCUCCCACUGGCAGUGAAAACUCACUCACUCACCACUCAAAUGACACAGACUCCAAUCAUGAUCCUCAAGAAGAGAAAACAGUGAGCAUGAAAGGUAACAGAACUGUGGGUUCUCGUCAUGUUCAGAAUGGUUUGGACUCCAAUGUAAAUGUCCAGGGUUCAGUUUUGUAACAUUUUUUUUCUGCAACACUUUUAUACAGUGUCAUUUAAAUUGGGAGAGGAUACUGUCCAGAAACCGUUUAAAUUAGUGCAUACUUGUCACAGUUUUGCCUUUUUGUGGGUUUUUUUGCUUCAAUACCUCUGCCACUUUGGAAAUUUUAACAGUUAAUUACGUUGAAUGUUGCUAAAAGGACAUUUGUGUAGGCUCAAGUUAUUUUUAUAUGAGUUAAUGUGAAGUUGAAAAUGGAAAUUAUUUCCACAAAGUAUAACAUAAAUGAUGUCUGUACAAAUCUGUGUAUAUCUAGAACCUGUGCUGUGUAAGGGCAUUCUUACUCAUAUUGUUAUAUUUACACCACAUUCAAAAUUUGUCAUACUAGCUGUGGGUUUAUGACUGCCAAGCUUGCCCAGUACAGUAGUUUUAUCACUAAAAGAUGGACUUGUUGAAGGAGUCCUGUAGUAGAUCCAGUGUUAAUUACAGUUUUUUCCACCAUACAUCUGUGCAUUUCUCCUUAGGUGACCGAAUGUUUAAGAAGUUUGUGUGCAUAGUUACUCAGUUUUAAGAACUGUUGUAUCCUGUUUAUGCAUAUUGCUCUGUGACUCCAAUAUUAUCUUACCUGUACUGACCAAACCUAAAUAAAGACUUUUAAUAAUGUAAUUUAUUUUAGUCUGCAUUGGUUUCAUAUGAUGUAUUUGUAUACAAUGCAUUUUUAUUGUACAUGUUUUCUGUUGGAUUAUUUGCCCACUACCAAUCCUACAUAGUAAAAAAUCAUGCUGAAGACUCAA